AACUGAGUUGUUGCAAAAAAAUAAUUUUCCUGGCAAGAAAGGAUGGAUAAUAAUGUCCACAUUAGUGGCCUGAUGAGUCGUCAUGAUGAUGACGCCACUAGAACAUCCACCUCUGAAGGUCUGGAGGAAGGUGAAGUGGAAGGUGAAACCCUCCUGAUUGUUGAAUCUGAGGAUCAAGGCUCAGUAGAUUUAUCUCAUGAUCAAAGUGGAGAUUCACUGAAUAGUGAUGAAGGGGAUGUGUCCUGGAUGGAAGAACAGCUAUCUUAUUUCUGUGAUAAAUGCCAAAAAUGGAUAUCAGCCAGUCAGCUGAGGGAACAACUCAGUUACCUCAAAGGUGACAACUUUUUUAGAUUUACUUGUUCAGAUUGUUCAGAGGAUGGUAAAGAGCAAUUUGAGCGGCUGAGAUUGACAUGGCAACAAGUUGUCAUGUUAGCAAUGUAUAAUUUGUCUCUGGAAGGAACUGGACGUCAGGGCUAUUUCAGAUGGAAAGAAGAUAUUUGUGCUUUUAUUGAGAAACAUUGGACCUUUUUACUAGGAAACAGGAAAAAGACUUCAACCUGGUGGAGCACAGUAGCAGGUUGCCUUAGUGUGGGGAGUCCUGUAUUUUUCCGCUCAGGUGCUCAGGAAUUUGGAGAGCCGGGAUGGUGGAAACUUGUUCAUAAUAAGCCUCCAACAAUGAAACCUGAAGGAGAGAAGUUGUCUGCUGCUUCUCUGAAAGUAAAAGCCUCAAAACCAGCUUUGGAUCCCAUCAUUACAGUGGAAGGGCUUAGGAAAAGAGUGAGUCGAAAUCCUGUGGAAUCUGCCAUGGAACUAAAGGAGAAGAGAUCACGAACUCAAGAAGCUAAAGAUAUUAGGAGAGCCCAGAAAGAAGCAGCUGGUUUCUUGGAUAGAAGCACAUCUUCCACUCCAGUAAAAUUUAUCAGCCGGGGCCGAAGGCCUGACAUGGUUCUUGAGAAGGGAGAGGUGAUUGACUUUUCAUCCUUGAGUUCCUCUGAUAGAACCCCUUUGACAAGCCCAUCUCCUUCUCCUUCUCUGGAUUUUUCUGCACCUGGAACUCCAGCUUCCCAUUCAGCAACUCCUAGCCUGCUUUCAGAAGCCGAUCUUAUUCCAGAUGUAAUGCCACCACAAGCCUUAUUUCAUGAUGAUGAGGAGAUGGAAGGAGAUGGUGUUAUAGAUCCUGGAAUAGAGUAUGUUCCCCCUUCUACUGCAUCAUCAAGUUCUGGGGCCAUGGUGGGAGGAAGAAAGAAAGUCAAAGCACCUGAACAAAUCAAACAGGAGGUAGAGAGUGAGGAGGAGAAAACUGAACGAAUGGAAGCUGAUAGUGAAGACACUGAAGAUUCAAGUGCAUCCUUACAAACAAGAACAAGAGAAAAGAGGAAGCCUCAGCUAGAGAAAGACAGUAAACCCAAAGGUCCCAAAUAUACACCCAUUAGCAUUUAUGAAGAAAAACUCCUCCUGAGGAGACUUGAGGCCUGCCCCAGUGCUGUGCUUGUGACUCCAGAAGCUAGGAGGCUAAAGAGAAAAUUGCUUGUCAGACAAGCUAAGAGAGAGAGAGGAUUACCCCUUUUUGACUUGGACCAGGUUGUUAAUGCUGCCCUUCUUUUGGUUGACGGUAUCUAUGGAGCCAAAGACGGAGCAGCAUCAAGAAUUCCAGCUGGACAUGCCACAUAUAGAACAACCUGUCAGGACUUCAGAAUCCUUGAUCGUUAUCAAACUGCCUUGCCAUCCAGAAAAGGAUAUCGGCACCAGACAACUAAAUUUUUGUCCCGAUUGGUGGGAUCAGAAGAUAUGGCAGUAGAUCAUAGUAUUGUCAGCCCUUACACUUCUCGCGUAUUGAAACCUUAUAUCAGGCGUGAUUACGAGUCAAAACCUCCUAAACUUCAGCUUCUGGCUGAGAUCCGGGCCUAUCUACAUAAGAAUGACUCCAAUUGGAAACCAGAACCCGAAGCACCAAUUGAUUACUGUUAUGUUCGACCGAAUCACAUCCCAACGAUAAACUCUAUGUGUCAUGAGUUUUUCUGGCCUGGUAUUGACUUGUCAGAAUGCCUUCAGUAUCCAGAUUUCAGUGUUGUUGUUCUAUAUAAGAAAGUCAUAAUUGCCUUUGGCUUCAUGGUUCCUGAUGUGAAGUAUAAUGAAGCUUAUAUUUCAUUUCUGUUUGUUCAUCCUGAAUGGAGGAGAGCAGGAAUUGCAACUUUUAUGAUUUAUCAUCUUAUUCAGACCUGCAUGGGCAAGGAUGUAACCCUUCACGUCUCUGCAAGCAACUCCGCUAUGCUGCUGUACCAAAAAUUUGGAUUCAAGACUGAAGAAUAUGUCUUGGACUUUUAUGACAAAUAUUAUCCCUUGGAGAGUAAAGAGUGUAAACAUGCAUUUUUUCUGAGGUUGCGUCGAUGAGUUAGAUGGAAUACAGUGGGAAAAUACCUGUGAAGUAUGCAACUAUGGAAAUACUACAAAACUUUCUGCUUGGUCCUUUUAUGACUAAGUUAGAAAAUCAUUGGUUAUUGAUGUUUCUAGUCAGCCUAUUAGCACAUAAUGGUGCUUUGUGUACUGCUUGUCAUGAUCUUGAAGGAGGCCCUAACUGGGAUGCUGAGGGGAAUGGAGUAGAGAGAGCUAGAAUAAUUGAAUUUUCUGAGCUGCUUUUUGGAACAGCUUUUAGACCUAUACUAUACCUUGGGAUACAUGGGUAUACAAAACUGGACAUUACAGAGAGCACUGUCUCUGCUUUACAUGGUACACAAGUUUUUUUGUAAGUGUUUCAUGGGACAUUCUCCAUGGGAAAAACUUUUGGACUCUUGUAAUUAUUAAUAUAUAUGUAUUAUUCAUGUUGAGCUAAAGUCCUCAUAAUGUAUAUUUGUAAUAGCUAUAAUGUUAUGGUUGUGCCAUCUGGGCUCAAGCUGAAUGAAUAUAAUUUUUCCACCUCAUCCUUCUUCCCCUUUAAAUAAAUGAAAGACACAAUCAUCAAUCAUCUCUCUCUUACACACACACACACACACUCUCUUAGCCAGGCUAAUCCCAGUUCCUUCAACUAGUCAUCAUGUUAUGGCUUCUGUAAGCCUCUCUCCUCAGCUUGCCUCAGGAUGAAAAGGAAAAUAUUUCAACUAAUAAUUAUUGAGCUAGAAUUAAGCAGUUUUAAAAAUUAAAAUUAAGUAAAAAUAUAUAGGAGAUGUACUCCAAAAAUUGCCCUGUAUUUCUAAUAAUGUCUAAGGAAAUAAAUUAUGAUGUUUGAAUAAAGGAUACAUGUGGAAUUCUGAUAAAUUUCCCCAACUUUGGGUUGUUUUCACUCCUUCAGCUAUUCUGGUGUUACAUUUUAUAGAACACUGUCUUAAGAAUCAGGAAUACUUGAGUUUAGAUUCAGACCUGGACAUCUUCUGAGGGACACUGUGUAAGUCCCUUAACUUCUGUAAAUCUUUAUCUAUAAGGUAGAAGGAAAAAAGAAAACUAACAUUUUUGGAGAUUUAAAUGCUUACUAUAUAUCAGGUACCAUACUGUCCACACACAAGGGAUAUAAGCAAAGAAGGAUAACCCCUGGCCUUGAGGAGUUUCUGGGAGCUGCAGUAGGAAAUAGGGAAGCAGGGGUGGGCUUUGGUUUUGAAAUCCAGAGAAAACAGGACUAAGUCUGGAAGGGAAAUGAAGGCAAGCUAGCCUGGGCACUUUCAUAAAGUGGAGAAAUUUAGCAAUGGGAGGAUAUCCCCGGAAGGUCUAGGAAGAACCUGCGGUAACUGGAGGGCAAUGUUUCUGAAGUCCAAGGACAGGCAAGGAGAGUGCCAGCAGGGGUUUGGAACCCUUGAGAACCAAGUGAGAUAAUGUUAGGUCCUUUGCAAAGCUUGAAAGUGCUAUCAUUAUUACUGCCCAAAAUGUAUAGUUUUAUGCAAAAGUUAAGUUGGUAUAUUGUAGGAAUUAUAAGUAGAGAGUUAGUUUUCUUAACAGGUGAUUGUUCUUGACCACAACCUUCAUAUUCUCACAUAUUCCAAUUUUAUAGACAAAGAAACUUAAAACCCAGAGUUUAAAUGAUUUGUUUAAGAUAACAGAUAGGAAGAAGGGUUUGAAUCACUCUCUUACUCUAAAUGUAGUAGUACCCUUCCCACUAUACUCUGCAACUCAGUAUACAAAUUCAUCUACUAUCUUUUAUAAAAGCCAUUAAAAUUUAAGUAAAAUGCUCAUGCUGGACGAUCCACAACUAAACAUUUAUAUUAAUGACUGCGGCUGACUCUUGCCUAGAUAAACCACAGUGAGGAAGAGAUACCAAACUGAAAUCUAGCUUCAAAAAUUUUGUCCUAGAGGGGAGAGGCAAACCUAUUUGGAUCAUGGAGUGACAUAGUAACAGUCUGGCUGGGCUAUGAUGGGACUUUGAGGUUCUGGCACCAUUUUAAUUUAUUGGAAAAAAUUGUAGUGGUUAUAAGAAGAAAGGUUCAGAUUUCCUUAAAAAGAUAACACUUCCUUUAAAGUAUUUCUACUUUAUUCAAUUCCUUCAACUUUUAGAGCUUUUUAAUUAACAGAUUGGAAUUCAAUCUAUUUGAUUAUAACUGAGGGUUUCAUGAUUUCCAAAUGUGAAAAUCUGCCUUUAACUGUGAUGUAAGAUGUGUCAUGCCCAUGUUUGAUACAAAGAACAGAUGAAACUUUCUUCUCUUGUAGAGGAGUAUCUAAAAGUUAGUAAUCAUUGCCUUAAUUCAAUCUCCAUUUUUAUAGCUGUUGUGUGGUGGUUUUAUAGUGGUUAUGUUUUUGUGUAUAUGUAUGUAUAUGUUAUAUAUGGAUAUAUGUGUUUUCCUGUAAGUAAAAGUUUUAAGUUUUUUUUUAAGAAAAGCUCUCAGCAAGGAGAGACAAUUAAAACUUUUUAUAACAUGGUGCCUUGCAUUUAGGCACUUAAUAAAUAUAGAAUUAUCACUUCUGAACCUUUUCUGUUUACAAAAUUUUGGGAUUUACUAUGCUCCAAGAAAAAAAGCAAAACUUUCUUUUAAAAUUAAAAUAUAACUCCUUCCCUGCCUCCCCUCCAGUCCAGAGAUUACAUGUGGUUUUCCCAGCAUUUAUCAUUUCUUUUUUUAAGUCUGAAAAGAAUCAAAAAAAUUACAGGUUUUUUUUUUUUAAUGUUUUAGAGAACAAAGUGUCCAGCAAUAUUAUUAGUUUAAUAAAUGGUGAUCGAAUGAUAAGAGAUGCUGAAAAUGAUAUUUGCUAAUAGUUUGGAAAUGAUGUACUAAGUUGCUCCUUAAUAAUCCUGCUCAUAUUUACAUAGUUGUGUUUUUUGGUUUGUUUUUGCUGAGGCAGUUGGGGUUAAGUGACUUGUCCAGGGUCACACAGCUAGGAAGUGGUAAGUGUCUGAGACCCUAUUUGAACUCGGGUUCUCCUGACUUAAGGGCUGGUGACCUAUCCACUGCGCCACCUAGCUGCCCCUACAGAGUUCUUUUUCUUAAAGUCGCCUUUAAGCUACAAAGCAACUGGAUAUUUCAGAAGAAUCUCUGUGAAGAAAGUAACUAUUUGAGUUUAUUUAUCAAGAUUCCUUUUCUCAAUUAUUACCUAAAAUUUUAUUGCUUCAUAUUUUGCAGCCAGAAGAGGAUUUAGUGUAAACUAUGGCCCCAAAGCCAAGGGGUGAAAGGGGACACAGAUCUGGGCCUGCACAGAAUGGGGGAGCAGUAUGGCCUAGUGUCAGAUCAGUUUCAUGAAGUCUUGGCAAACUUGCACGGUUACACAAUAACCUCCAUCAUAACCCUGCACAAGGAUCUUGGGAAUAGGCUGAAUAGUCUAGAUUCUUGACAGGUUCUGCUUGACAGGUAGGGGGAAGAAGGUAGAUGAGUAAAGAGCCGGGGGCUACCUUAAUGUCAUGUGAAAGUAAACCGCUUCAAAUGAGUUAAAUUAGGUGCUUCUUGAGGCUUGGGGGGAGCACCACAGGUUUUUGUUCCCUUUUUGGAAAUCUGACCCAAUCGAGGGAUGGUGCCAAAUUUAGAAUGCUGCUUUCAAAGUGGUAGCACUUUUCCCUUAAUUGGUAAUUGGUAGUUUGGGCUUUUUCAGCUACAGAUAGUUUACAUGAAAAAUAUCAACAGAAUGCAAGACUCUCGAUAAAGAUGAUGAUUGAGGGAGAACAGGUCCUACUGUCAUUGUUAAAGGACUAUUUUUGCAACGGUUUCCAUGGGUCUGAGUGUGUUUGUACCAGGCUUGUGGUGACCAGUUGUUGCUUCCAUAUAAGCCCAACAAAAGUUGUCAUGUACCAGAGAUCUGUAAGGAUUGGGAUCAGGCCAGAAAAAAACUCUGGAAGCUAGUACUGUUGGAGAAAGAAUGAAUAAAAGCAUCUAUUUGAGUUAUUCCAUAUUCCCUACAAAAAGGAAUAGAAAUACUCUCUUCCUCUGUCCCCAACACACAAACUCAUAUUUCAUAAGAGGGAAAAAAGAUUGAGGGAAGACUUUAUAACUUCAGAGUAAGUUAGAAAAUGAGAGUAGGACUAAUGAGGGAGAGGGGAAAGCUGAAGAACCAAGAAAAUAAAGUUCAGCUCAAGUGCCACUGGAUAGCUUAAAUCUUUCCAUUUGCUAGCAUCUCCCCACCAUUACCUUUUAUUUUUCAUGUGCUUACAAAUGUGUGUGUCUCCAUAGAAAGGGGUAAGUUCUUUGAGGAAGGAGGCUUUUUUAUGUUUUACAUUUAGGCUAGCAGGUAGCAUAAACUGAAGCACACAGCAGGUGCUUAAUCUAUGCACAGGGCAGCCUCUGAGUCGACCAAAUAACAUUACAGUCACUUUGCCACUGGGGAAGCCCCUUGGAUCCUCUCUGUGCUACAGGCAAUUAAGGCUCUAAAUUGAAAGUUGUUGAUCUGCCCUAAGCUGCUGAAAUAACUGGCCUAGAUAAAAAGGAAACCACCAAACCCCGGCCGGGCAUCAUAAGCUUCCAGUCCCUGGAACUGCAUUUGUAACAUUUCCCCACCCCGCUCCCCGCAGUACCUGCCAUGGCGCAGUGGUCCUCAAUUGCCAUUAAGCCAUCCCGGCUCAUUCCAAAGAUCAGGACGUACUCGAAAUGUCACAUCAGUGUUCGAUUUGGAGAUGAGGAGGCCUGAAAGUGAAGUCAUUUCCAGAGUGAUAGAAGAAGGAACAGGCUGCCUCUUUCGUAGGUCAGUGCUCAUGCUGGACUUUGUUCUUGCCUCCUAAGGUGAUGUUCAAAACAAAGUUUUAAUAUAAAAUUUUUCAGUAACUAAACUUGCUUGACUGGGAUGUAAAGUAGGACCAACUUAAUGCUGGUUAUUUUACUAUAUAUAAAUAAUAGUAGUCUUAGGAAAUUCCUGUAAAUUUAGAAAAUGGAAAUAGGAUUACAAGGAAUAGAGAGGGAAGCCUGAAGAGUCAAGAAAGAAAAGUAGUUAAAAGCAAACACAUCAUCCACAUUUUGCCAAAUUGUCUCUCGUAGUUAAAGGUAAGUUAAAUAAAAAUACAUGGCCAGUGAAUGAUUCAGAACUCUGGGAAACAAAGCUUCCUUUGAUACCCUGUGAAGGUUUUUGGAAAAAUAAUGUUUACUCAGUUUAGGAAAUUUUGGCCUACCUGUAGUCUGUCAUGUUUACUUACUUGUGCUGUGCUCAUAGUCACUGUAGAGAUACAGCAGCAAAUGUGAAUCAAGAUUAGUUUAAUUAAAUCACAUACAGCAGAAUACAAAAGAGGAUUCUGCGUGAAAUCAUGACUGCAUUUGUUAAUGCUUUUUAUAAUAAAGUUCUCUUGUGAACAGUGCAUUUUUUUAAAAAAGUUAUGACUUUGAGGGUGUCAUUUAUCUAUUUUUGAAUAAUAGCUUUUUGUUUUCAAAAUACAUGCAAAGAUAGUUAACACUCACUCUUGUUGUGUUCCAAAUUUUUCUCCCUUCCCUAGAUAACAACUAAUCCCAACACAUGUUAAAUAUGUACAAUUCUUCUAUACAUAUUUCUACAUUUAUCAUGCUGCAUAAGAAAAAUCAGAUCAAAAAAGUAGAAAAAAAAGAAAAAGCAACAAAAAGAUGAAAAUACUAUGUUGAUGUCACUAUUUAAAAAAUUAUUUUGUUUUUCAUUUAGAAAUAAAAAGUAUUUCCAAAAAAAAAAAAGAAUGCUCCAUUACUAACUUAUAAGUACCACUAGCAGCCCCCAAUUAAAAACCAAGAAAAAAAAUUUAUGAAAAAUAAGCAUAAUCAGGGGCAGCUAAAUGGUACAGUGGUUAGAGCACCAAUCCUGGAGUCAAAUACAGUUUCAGAGUUAACGCUUCCUAGUUGUAUGAUCCUGGGCAAGUCAAUCCCAACUGCCUCAAAAAAGGAAAGAAAACCAAUAAGCAUAUCCUAGCAAAAGGUAUCUAGGCUGUUGGAACAUGUUCAAAAGUUUGUAUCAACUGUCAAAAGGUAUGGAGUAAUUAAAUAUUGUGUUGAUCAGAA